ACACAACAUCUAGACCUUAUUCAAGAGCAGCCAACGGUUCAGAUGCCGAUGAUCAUGCAGUGGUCUGUAUAGGGAAUAUACAUGGCGACAUUAAAGACAUUUCUUAUUUACUGAGUGAAGACUAACAGCCUUUACCAAAGCCACGUACUUUUGUCUCUCACAACACAGUGAGUCAUUAGAACUGUGUGACUGCCACCAUACUCGCUGUUUCAGCAUGUCAUCCAGCGUCAAUCAUGAGUUUGUUGUUCAUGUACGAACUGGGGACGUCCAAGGUGCAGGUACAGAUGCAAAUGUGUCUGUUAUACUUCACGAUGAGCAAGGAUCAUUCACGGAUCAACUCCAACUCAACCAUGUCUUCAAGAAUGACUUUGAAAGAGGGAAUCUGGAUAUGUUUCAGUUGCCAAAGGAUAAGACUGCAUUUAUAGAUAAGCUAGGCAAGCUUGAAAUAUUCCGUGACGACUCGGGCUUUGGAAGUUCCUGGUACGUUGAAAGAAUCACAGUGGAGAACAAGUCUAACGGAGACGUGUGCAUCUUCCCCGUGUUCAGGUGGCUGCGACCUCACUACCACUACGUGUUCCGGGAAAAUGACACCUUCCUUCCACAGGAUGAUGCCCAACAGGAGCAGAGGAGGCUGGACUUGGAGGACAAACGCAAAAUUUACGUAGUGGACACAAGUGAUGUCACUCUCCCGGCCUCGAUCAAGGAACUGCCUCUUGAAGAGCAGAUUCCAAGUCAACACCGUUGGGACUUACAGAAGUUAAAACUGAAUCUGAUAGCACAGAGCAGCAUCACGAUGUUAACAACUGGAAGAUGGAAAAGUCUGGAUGACAUCAGAAACGUGUACGUCAGAAAAAUCUUCAACGAGCCCUGGGCUAGUCACUUGUGGAGGGAGGACUCGUUCUUCGGUCACCAGAGGCUCAACGGACCCUGUCCCUGUAUCAUUCGACUUUGUUCUCAUAUUCCUCAAAAACUCGCAGUCACACCGGACGAUCUUGAACCAAUCUUGGAAGGGAAAUCUGUGGCAGAAGCCUUGUCUAAUAAGAGUUUGUUUGAAUGUGACCUGAACAUUCUCCACAACUUAGUCUGCAAAGGCGAAGACUACGUGGUAUGUGCCCCUAUUGCUCUACUGUAUCGAAACAAUAAAGAUCAGCUUGUUCCGGUCGCCAUCCAGUUGUUCCAGGAACCCGGAUCAGACAACCCCGUGUUUCUCCCAUCCGACGACCCGAACACGUGGCUUCUGGUGAAGAUGUGGUACAACCAGGCAGAGGCCACCUACCACCAGUCGCUCACCCAUCUUGGAUAUACCCAUCUGUUGAUGGAAGGAGUCAUUGUGGCACUUCACAGACAAGUGUCCAUCUCCCACCCAAUCUUCAAGCUCCUGGCACCGCAUCUCCUAUUCCUGCUUCCGAUCAAUAAACUUGCAGUGGACAAACUUCUGGCUGUUGAUGGAUGGAUCGACAAGACGAUGUCAUCAGGGAGGAAUGGUGUGCUCAACUUAAAUAGGAGGAAAGGAUGGCGGAUGGACGUUCAAGGAAUAUUGCCAGAAGACCUGAGGACACGAGGAGUGUCCGAUGAGAAUGUUCUUCCUGGGUACUACUACCGUGACGACUCUUUACUAAUGUACAACGCAUUAAAAACGUACGUCACAAGUUACGUUGACCUAUAUUACGAUACACCCCAGCGUCUCCUUGACGACAUAGAAAUGCAGGAUUGGGCCGGUGAGAUGGUGCAGAGUCGGGAGAACGGCGGAAUAGGUCUAGAGGGGGUUCCUGGCGAUGGCGAAUUCCGUGAGUUGGAGCAGCUGAUCCUGACGCUGACGUCGUUCAUCUUCACGUGCAGCGUCCAGCACGCCGCCGUCAACUUCCCCCAGUACGACUACUACGGCUUCCCGCCAGUCUACCCCCUCAGCCUUGUUGGUAGACCACCAGCAGACAAGACUCCCAGAACAGAAGCUGAUAUCCUCAAUGCCCUGCCGGACAAGAAACAGACCAUGGACGCAAUGAUCGUCACCAAAAUACUCAGCCAGAAGGGAGUCAAAAGUCUGGGAGACUUUGAGGUUAACUACAUAUGUGAUCCAAACGCAGAGAAAAUAGUUGAAAACUUCCGGGAGGGCCUGAAGAAGAUUGGAGUGAUCAUCAGUGAACGAAACAGAUCGCUGGAUACUCCGUAUGACUAUCUACAUCCUGAUUCCAUACCCAACUCCAUCAGUGCGUAGGACAGGGAUGAGGAUAGGAUGGACGACUCCUGUGUAUUCUGCACCUAGACGGACCAACACUUGCAGAUCUUCUUGUCAGCUAUUUCAAAGCAUUUUGAUAUUUUCAUAACGUAUGAGGAUAGAGAAAAUAUAUACGAAUACUUUGUCAUUUAUAGAUGUAGCUGUGUCUGUGUGAAAUAGUUCUAGAAGAUUUCAUAAAAAAACAAUUACCUUUUUUUGAUGGUACCUCUAAUAUCUUUACAUUUAUUUGGUCUUAUCUUUUAUUGCUUGUUUUGUUUACCUUUUCGUAAACCUUAUAGCUUGUUUUAAUAAUAAAUUAAAAAUGUACUGGCGAUAUCUGAGAUGGCUACGUGGGCCAGUGUCUUUGAGCUUCUACAUAAUACCUCACGCGGUCUGUUCGUGGCUUCCUACCGUGUAUAGUUGGUGGACCAGCCUAUUGGUGAGCGUGUUGGCUAUAGCCACGCCAACCACAGGGCUCAUGUCCGAACACUUGCAAAGUCUGAAGCCCAUUCCUGAUGUCCUACGACGUGAUGAUAUUGGAGUAUUUGCUUUUGAGAUGCUUUAUUUUGGUCAGUUUUCAUUCUAGGAAAGUUGAAUGAAGUCAGGAUUAACGUAUAGAUUCCAACCUUUCAUUAUUCUGAUCAUGCGACGUAAGGCUACCACAUCUUCCUUGUUACUACAGCUUCUAAAUGCCACUUAAAUAUAAGGAAAUUUGAAUCUUCUUUGACCAAAUAUACUUUAUCGACAAUA